UAAGACUGAGAGCUGUGGGGAACAAGAGUGGGAGUGACAUCUCCAGACACAAACACACACCAAACAAACAUUACUAUGUGAAUAUUCACACAAAAUAAACACACAGAGGUGGUGGAGAGGGUGUCGCUCAACUCCUCCUGAUCCUGAGGACUCGUGAGCGUCGGCCUCGUCUCUUUCCUCUCGCCGCGACAUGAUCAGAGUCUGGAGGCUGAACACUGAUGUUUCGUACCAUGUCAGCUGUGACCAGCCAGCCUCUUCCUCUUGGUCGACUGGAACGAGAAAAGCACAUCCAGAUGAUCUUCAGGGCUUUCCAGAACCGCUGCGAGUGCCAGACUCACUCGCCUGGACCCAAACCCCACAAAAGGGCCCCUGACUGGAAGAUGGAGAACGGCUCCACGCAGCCGCCUGAGGGAAUGAACACGCUCGGGAUGGAGGAGCGGAGCCCCGGUGGUGCGGCAGGAUCGGACUUCAUGUCUGUGCUGGAAACUGUGAGUCAGAUUCAUGUCAGUGCUCGGCCUGAGUUACAAGGUCCACAGUGUGUUCCCCGGAGGAUCUACAGCAUCACCACACACGGCAGCAGGUCACAGUUAUUUGUGGCUGUGGAAGAGAGCUUGUGUGUGUGUCUCCAGUGUUGUGGUCCAGCUCGGGCCUGUACACUGAAGGUCUUCGACUGUCAGGGCUGCCAGCUCUUUUAUUUUGAAAGGCCGCUCAGGGCAGACGCCUGCUGCCUCGGCUGCUGCCUGAUGGAGAUGAGGGUCUACACGCCUCAAAAACAUCUUAUUGGCACCGUCUGCCAGAGGUGGAGCAUGUUCACCCCUCUCCUGGAGGUGUGUGACUCAGAGGGAGCGUCCACCAUCAGGAUCCAGGGCCCCUGCUGCCCGUGUCGCUGUUUCUCCAACCAGCAGUUUCAGAUUGUUUCAAACAUUGGUGAGAAAAUUGGCACAAUAUGGAAGAGAUGGCCCGGCUUCAAUGAUGAACGCAACAUGGACCAUGAAUAUUUUGGGUUGGAGGUGCCACUGAGUUUGGAGUCGCACAUCAAACUGCUGCUGCUGGCGACCACCUUCCUGUUGAAUCACAUGUUCUUUGAGAUGAGCUGAUGGGUGAAUAAGGACCAAUCAUUCGAAAUGAAGACGCCGCAAGUGGCCGUUUAACUAGAGGCUCAUCAGCAGUUUAAACACUUUAUGGCACAAGAGAGUGCAGCAUGAGAACCGAGGGUCCUCUGGUAAUAAACUACGAAGCAGAACCUUUUUUAACAAACUUCAAA